GGUCUAAUCCUCUUCCGUAUUCGGGGGAAAAUGAAACUCCGGAAGAGUUUUGUUUGUCCCGACGCGUUUUUUUUUUUCAGGUCUCUUCUGAUUGGCUGCAGCGCGGACCAAUGAGAAAGAAAAGCGCGAGGAGAGAAAAAAAUGGAGGACAGAGUGAAUCAAAACAUUGUUUCUGCCGCUUUAACACACUAAAAACGUCGAUGACAACGCUCAUUUUCACAGUUAAGGUUGUUAAAUAACAUUUAUUUACUCAUUCGAACCGUGGAUAAGCUUUUAAGACGUUUUAAGGCGGCUAGCUGAAGUAAAAUGUCAUUUUCGUCUGAGUCUUUGGCUCAGAAAAGGACUCUGUCGAGCCUCCUCGCUGGUCGUGUUGUGAAGAGGCCAAAGCAGGAAGAUGGUCAGCGCUUACACGAAGCUGCGAUCCAGCUGUUGGAGCAGAAUCAGAACAUCUGCAGCUUGUUCAAAGAGUUGGGGCAGAACCCAGAUCAGUGCAACACAUUCUGGUGUCAGAAUGAAGAACAGAAGCAAGCAGCGUUCAAGGAAACCUCUGUUGCUGCAUCGCUGCUGGGAUGUGAGCUGAGGCGCCAGGCUGCUCAGCUGGGUGUCCCUGUCACAGCGCUGUCUGUGAAAACAAUGCUGGCAAGACUAAAUGAAAUCACUGAGGAAACUGAUGAAAAACAAGAGGAGGAGGAUGGGAGGAGAGAGAUGCUUACGUCCUCUCAGACAGCCCAGUUGUGUGCUCUGUUGCAGUCCAGCAGAGAGCUGCUGACUCAGGGAGUUCUCUGCCCCAAACUGCUCUGGCAGGAGCUCAGGAGAGAUCAGAAGCUUCCCAGACUGGAGGUGGUGUACUAUCUUCAUUUUUACAACAUCCUAACUCUGAARUACAUUGUAGAAAGUGAUGAAGGUGUGCGAUCCUGGUUGGUGCCGCAGUUGAAGUUAAUGUGUGGGUGGAAGCCUCCGCAGGGAGAGGUGGAGACCAAACAUGUUCAACAGGAAGUUUUGUCAACUGUGAUUGGCGUCUUGGUAAAAACGGGGUUUGAUCAGAGCCGAGACGCAGCCGCUGCAGACAGAAAGCUCUCCGUUCUGUGCUGCUCGAUGUUGGAUGAAAUGCUCAUCUGGCUUCUGGAAGCUGCAGAUAAAUGUCUUCCAGUGCAGUCCUGUGAGGGAGGAGCUCAGCUAUGGAUUCAGACAUUUGAUUCUUCGCUUUAUGGGGUAUCAGUUUCUCCUGAAGCCCUUCAGAGUUUUUUCACUCACUCCCUCACACAGACUCUCACCUACAACCCUCAACUGACAG